UACCAACUCUUUUUUUUUUUUUCUUACACUACUAUCACUUGUUUUGAUUUAUUGUUUUUGUACCUUCAAGAUUCAACCAAAAAUGAUGUCUAGCUAGAUAUGGGUUGUCUUCAUCUUUGAAGAACACUUAAGUUACAUCAAAUAUUGUCACCUUCAUAUGUUCAUGUUCAUCUGUUUUUAUUAAUAAAGUUUAAAAAGCUAUCUAGCUAGCUCUUUAAUUAAUUUUGUUGUUCAUUUAUUACCUAAAUUAAGUUUUUGUUUUUCUUAUAAAAAAGAUUCAAUUAAUAAAGAUGAUGUCUGGUGAUGGGUUCUCAUCACCACCUUCUUCCCUCACUUCUUACAUCCAAGAACCAAUUCCAAACCCUAACCCUAGUUCUUCAUCAGCCUCCGCUAAACGAAAGCGUAAUCAAGCCGGUAAUCCAGAUCCAGAGGCUGAGGUGAUAGCCUUGUCACCAACAUCUCUUAUGGCAACGAACCGAUUCGUGUGUGAGAUAUGCAAUAAAGGUUUCCAAAGAGACCAAAAUUUACAACUUCAUAGAAGAGGACACAACUUGCCAUGGAAACUUAAGCAAAGAAACAAAAAUGAAGUGAUUAAGAAGAAAGUUUACAUAUGUCCGGAAAAAACUUGUGUCCAUCAUGACCCUUCUCGAGCUCUUGGAGAUCUCACCGGUGUAAAGAAGCAUUUUAGCCGGAAACAUGGCGAAAAGAAGUGGAAGUGUGAGAAGUGUUCCAAAAAGUAUGCGGUCCAAUCGGAUUGGAAAGCUCAUAGCAAGAUUUGCGGUACUAGAGAGUACAAGUGUGAUUGUGGAACACUUUUUUCAAGGAAGGAUAGCUUCAUAACACAUAGAGCAUUUUGUGAUGCAUUAAUGGAAGAAAAUUCAAGAAUGACAUCGCUUCCGGUGCUUCCAAACAUGGGGAAUUUGGGUUUUCGGAAUGAUUUGAUGAUAAUGAACGGCGGUGGUGGUGGAGGUGGCGGUGCUGGUGAUGCACAAUUCCAAGGUAUGUUUGGUGGUGGUUUAGAGAAUCCUAACCUUGAUGUCAAUGGAGCAAAUAAAUCAAGACUACCAAUUUGGUUAGACCAAAAUGCCAACAAUCCCCACCUUGAAAACCCUAACAAUUCGACAUUCUUGGGGGCGUCUAGUUCGAACAAUUACAACAACAAUAAUGGUGGAAUGCUACCACCAGAAAUGGUGAAUUGGUUGAGUAGAUACAACGGAUUGCCUCAAGGGUUAUCAUCUUUAAAAGAGGAAGAUGAGAACCAAAAAGAAAUGCAAAUGAACUCAAUGUUUAACUAUGGUGGCUCUACGACUCAAAACAACCUCAUGUGUUCAACUCUACCACCACCACCACCACAACCGGUGGCUAACAUGUCAGCCACCGCUCUUUUACAAAAAGCGGCUCAAAUGGGAUCAACAAGAAGCACAAAUUCGGGGGUUUCUGGUGGGAAUGAUACCGGAUUUGGGCUCAUGAGUAGUACAACACUCUCUAGCUUAUCAAGCCCUCGAAAUGGGGAUAGAUUGAUGAUGAUGGCAGCUGCAGCGACCGAUGGAGCACCACAAAGCAAAGGAACAAGUGGCAACGAGUUUGGCGACGGCGAUCUAACGAGGGACUUUUUGGGUGUAGCGAGAAGUGAAAGGGGCGUCUCGUUUAGCUUACAACAAGAGCUAAGCAAAUUCGCUUCAUCAACGAUGGGCUUCAACCAAUUCAAUCGCAGCCAUGAUCAAUAAGAGAAUUGUGGUAUAGUAAGUACUCGAUCGUACAACGUACUUCAAUGACACUUUAGCAUCAUGAAAUUGUAUCGAAUGAUGCUUUUCGGACUUUUAGCUAUGCCUUUUUGAACAUUUUAAUGACUGGCUGUCACAAAAAAAAUUUAAAAAUAUUGUAGUUUUGGAUGGUUUUAAUUGGUAACCUUUUUGCGUUUAAAAAGGUUGCUUUUCAUGAA